CAUCUUCAAAAAAUUCGGGCCGCCUACAUUCUAGGUUACUGUACACACAAUUUACAUCCCCACGUGUUGUCUAAACAUUUGUGAGGUUACCGCUCAUAGAUACUAAAAAUGGGUAAAGCAAAGAGACUGAAAGUUUCAAAGACAGGAACUGGAAGAACUGAAGGUCUUGACAAACAGAUUUCAAAAGAAGAAAUUGCCUCAAGUAAAGGGCGAGUCAAGGUCAGAGGGAGAACUGAUGCAGAUGAUGAGUUUGUUGAUGAUAAACUCUCAGCAAGGAUUUUGAAACAAGCCCAUCAACAACAACAAGAACUUGAAGAAGAAAUUGAAGGAACUGGCUCUUCGUUUAAGGCAAGAGCCACUUCCUUAGGAGCAGAUUUAGAUGGAGAUGGAAACAGUGAAGAAUCAGACUUUGAAAAGGAAUCACAAUUUGAGGAAGAUGUGCAAGUUGAUGAAGAGGAUGAAAAAGCCCUGGCAUUGUUUAUGAAUCCCAACCCAGCACCAAGGAGAACUCUGGCAGACAUAAUUUUAGAAAAAAUAACAGAAAAACAGACAGAGAUCCAGAGUCAGUUUUCUGAAAUUGAAAGCGUCAAGUUUCAAGAUGUGGAUCCUCGAGUUAAAUCGUUGUACCUGGGUGUGGCAUCAGUUUUACAUCGCUAUCGAAGUGGAAAACUACCCAAAGCUUUCAAACUGAUUCCUUCAUUGCAAAAUUGGGAGCAAAUUUUGUAUAUUACUGAUCCGGAGAAAUGGAGUGCCGCCGCCAUGUAUGCUGCUACACGAAUAUUCACAUCCAACUUGACAGAAAAAAUGGCCCAGCGGUUUUUUAACUUGGUUCUUUUGCCACGUGUUCGUGAUGAUAUUGCCGAGUUCAAAAAACUUAAUUUUCAUCUUUAUCAAGCCUUACGUAAAGCCCUCUUUAAACCUGGCGCGUUUUUUAAGGGAUUUCUUCUUCCGAUCUGCGAGAGUGGGACUUGUACUUUAAGAGAAGCCAUAAUUAUUGGUUCCGUCAUUGCUCGCUGUUCCAUUCCCGUUCUACACUCUGCUGCAGCGAUCUUGAAACUUGCUGAAAUGAAUUAUAGUGGAUCGAACUCGAUAUUUUUGAGAAUAUUCUUCGACAAAAAAUACGCUUUGCCGUAUCGUGUGGUUGACGCAGCUGUUCAUCAUUUCGUAAAAUUUCAGCUGGAUACAAGGGAAAUGCCUGUUUUGUGGCAUCAAUCACUUCUAACCUUCAGUCAACGAUACAAGGCUGAUCUUAGUAGUGAACAAAAAGAAGCGUUGCUUCAAGUGAUUUCCGUUCACAAACAUCAUACAUUAACACCAGAAAUCCGUCGUGAAUUGUUACACUCCUCUUGCAGAGAUGAAGAAAUGAUAGAUUAAAAUGAAGAUACUGUGAAUAAUAAACUCGGCGUCUGAAUUCA